GAGCAGAGGUGUUCUCGGGCCGGACGAGCCCAUCCGGGUUGCUCCAUACACCCCUCCAGGAAGAGCAGCUGGGAAAAGAAGAGGGUGCUCUCCCAUCGAUGGAGCUCGGGACCCCCAAUCAGGAGAAGCCCCCGCCGGGGGCUCUGGCUGCGGAUCCGCAGGUGCCGGCGGCCCGUGGCUGCCGGAAAUUAUGCCGAUUCUUUCCUUCCUACUUCUGGGCAGAGGCAAAGAAGAUUUUGCUGUUGGCAGGGCCACUGACGCUCAUCCAGCUGUUGGUGUUCAUGAUCCACGUCGUCAGCACCAUCUUCUGCGGCCACCUCGGCAGGGUUGAGCUGGCUUCCGUCACCCUCGCCAUCGCGGUUAUCAACGUGACGGGCAUCUCUGUUGGGUUUGGGUUGUCUUCAGCCUGCGAUACGUUGAUAUCCCAGACGUAUGGUGGAAAGAACAUGAAACGAGUGGGAACCAUCCUCCAACGGGGUAUCCUGAUUCUGCUGCUCUCCUGCUUUCCCUGCUGGGCAAUUUUCAUCAACACCGAGCAGAUCCUCUUACUCAUCAGGCAGGACCCAGAUGUCUCCAGGCUCACACAGGUCUACGUCAUGAUCUUUAUCCCAGCACUUCCGGCUGCAUUCAUUUACCAAAUCCAGGCCAGAUACCUGCAGAACCAGAGGAUCAUCUGGCCAGAGGUCCUUUGCGGCAUCGCGGGGAACAUCGUCAACUUGAUUGCCAAUUACGUCUUUCUGCACGAGCUUCACAUGGGAGUCAAGGGCUCGGCCUGGGCGAACACCAUCGCCCAGUAUUCCCAAGCCAUCGCCCUCUUCCUGUACAUCAGGUGGAAGAAGCUGCACGCGGAAACCUGGGGAGGCUGGUCCACCGACUGCCUCCAAGAGUGGAACGUCUUCAUGGCCUUGGCAGUGCCCAGCAUGCUCAUGACUUGCAUCGAAUGGUGGACCUUCGAAAUCGGAAGCUUCCUGAUAGGUCUUCUGGGCGUCACCGAGCUGUCGGCCCAAUCCGUCAUCUACGAGGUGGCCACGGUGGUCUAUAUGAUUCCGUACGGGAUCAGUACCGCCGUCAGCGUCCAGGUUGGGAAUGCCCUAGGAGCCAACAACACCGAGGCCGCCCGGAAGUCUUCUGUGGUCGGCAUCCUGUGCACAGUGUGUUUUUUCCUCCUGAUGUGUGUGGUGCUGAGUUCGACAAAAGACAUCCUGGCGUAUGUUUUCACCAGCGACGAAGAGGUGAUCACGCUGGUGGCCUGGGUUAUGCCCGUCUACAUCGCCUUCCACCUGUUCGAAGCUCUUUGUGCCACGACCAGCGGAGUCCUGCGUGGGACCGGGAAGCAAAAGCUCGGCGCCAUCUUCAACGCCAUCGGAUACUACGGCGUGGGCCUGCCUCUGGGGAUCGUGCUGAUUUUCGUGGCCAGGAUAGGGAUGAUAGGCCUGUGGCUGGGCAUGCUGACCUGCACCGUCAUCCCUGGGGUGUGCUGCAUCACCUACAUCGCUCGGAUGGACUGGAAGAAGGUGGCCGAGGAGGCUCAGCACCGUGCAGGAUUGAUGCAGAAGCUGCCAGAGAAUGCAAACUCCACUCCCGAACCCCCGAAGAUAGUGCUGCCCUCUGGACCGUCGGACACACAGAACGGAGUCGUGCUCGUGAGCUUCACCGAGACGGGCGGGCCGACCUACCGGGAGGAAAGCACAGCGGGCUGCUCGACCGUCGGCAGAGUCCUGACAACCAAGGAGCUGCUCCUGCAUCGGGGCCUGGCCGUCGGGGCAGCUGUGGGCAUCCUGGCCGUGGGAGUGGCAGUUCGCGUCUUCACCGUUUGAGCUUAGGGGCCCGGCUU